AUGGCGCCUGCAGCAAAAAAGAAUUCCCGUCCAAUCUUUAAGACAUCCUCGCCCUUCACAGAGACAAAAUGGCCUCAGAUCUCAUAUGACGAUCAAAAGAUCAUCAUCGACUUGGUGUGCAACCUCCUCACCCCCCUAGGCGACCACCGAAAAACGCACAUCCCCCCCUCGCGCGGCAAAAGCAAAAAGCGAAAACGCGCCACCAACCCCGCAGAAACCGACCCUCCUCCGCCUCCCCCAGCGCUCAAACACCACAUCCUAAUCGGCCUAAACAGCAUGACCCGGCACCUGGAAGCCCUCGCCUCUCACACCGCACCAUCUGCUUUCCGCACAGAAGGGCAGGACACAAGCACCACUGACACCAGCAACCCAUCCAUCACUACACCCCGCCCCCUAUCCCUCAUCCUCCUAACAACCCCGCACCCCCCCUCCUCCCCCUCCCACGCCCACAUCCCCACACUCCUCCACCUCGCCAACCAACCGCCAUCAAAAUCCCCGCCAACACUCCUCGUCCCCCUCCCCGCGACAGCAGACGCCCUCCUCGCAGCAGCGCUGCACAUCCCGCGCGUCGGCGCGCUGGGGAUCCACGCCGGAGCACCAGGCGCAGCGGCAUUGGAAGCGUUUGCACGGGAGCGAGUUGCGGGGACGGAGUGUGCGUGGGUGGAUGAAGCUGGUGGGGGGGCGUGGAGGGGGGUUUGCGUGAGGGAGGGGUGA